AUGAGCCUGCGACGACGUCGCUUCGUCGCUCCAUUCGCCUACGUCAAGUCGUCGCGACCGUCGCCCUCGCCGGCGAUCGUAGUUCGCCGAUGUGUGCCCGUCGACGUCCCGGAGACCUCCUCGCGACUCCCAACGUUCGCCGACGCGACUGAAGAAGAGCUCCGAGUGGCGAAGAAGCGACGCGCCGUCGCCAAACUCUACCAUAGUUUGCGGAAAAAUAGUCGCCGGCGACGCCGCAGGGAUUAUGGCCAGGUUCGACCUGUUUCCGAUGCGAAGGACGACGAUUUUCGGGUUUACUUUGAGAGUUUCAAACCCCUUUUUUUGUGCUUUUUUGUCUUUUCAUAAAUUUUCAACAUUUUUCUUUGAGAAUGACCCCUAUUCAUUCAGGUGGCUUUCUAAGCCGCGGAUGCAUCCAUAUUAUUUAUACAGCUUUUUAAAGUACAUUUAGUAGAAAACUCAUUGCCUAUCUUUUUGCCUAGCUCUGAACGGUAGCCAUGAAAAAUGCCCUUUUCCGCUCAUUUCCUUGGAUGUUUCACCCCUAGAAAAGUAGAUUUCAUGUUCAAUUUUGACGAAUUCGAGCUUUAAAUGUGAAAAUUUUAAUCGUUGACUUGCGUUAAACCAAGAAAACAGAAAAUUUCCAUUUUUUCGAACUUCUAUUAUUUUCAUGAAUAAGUGAGGUAUUUGGGCGUUUUUUAAGGUUUUUUCGGUAUUCGAAAAAAAUUAAAUAUGCCCAACUUUAUAUAAAAAUGAAAGGAAGGAAGUUUGUCAAAUUCGAAAAAAAAAACUUCGAUGAGAUGCGUAAAAAUUGGUUUCUCAGCUUAUCUAUCAUAGCUUUCUCAGGGAAAUUUUGAAUUUUCUAAAUAGAAAUUUUUUUGAAAAUUGUCGUUUUCCAAUGAUUGAAAAAAAUUCGAAAUAAAAAUCAAUAUCUUGAAAAAAAUUUGAAAAUGAGGAAAAAAAGGUUAAAAUAUGAAACUUUCUAGAAAAAUUCAAUAAUUUUUGGAGGAGCCUAUUUUGAUGAAUUCAUCUUCAGUUUGGAUAAGGCUUCCAAGAAUGGGUUUUUUUAAGGAAAAAAAGAGUUGUAAGAUUAAGAUUUUUUUUUUUUUUCUUGUCAAAAUCCUCAAGAGGAAUUCUCUUUAAAAUGCGUUAAAAUAGGUUGUUUGGGUGCUUUGUGCCCUUAUAAAAAAAACGAGACUUUCAAAAACUGCUUCUGGCCCAUCAAGGAGUGCUGUGGCUCAAAAACAAAAAAGGAAAAUUUCUAUGGAGCCUUUUUCCACCCUUCUUGGCUUUGCCUAUGUUUUGAGUGUAGCUUGUAGCGGGUAGUAUAAAGAAUGAAACUCGUCCGUUUUUUUUUGAUCAAUUUUUCGCUUCAGGAGAUGUUCCAACAUCCUUCUGGGAUGCCACUCGACGCCGACGUCAUGAUGGAAGGCUAUCUGUACAAAAGGUCGUCCAACGCUUUCAAAACCUGGAAUCGGCGAUGGUUUCAGAUCAAGGAUAAUAAAUUGGUUCGUACUUGGGAGAAGAAAAAAUUAAAGAGUUUUUAAGAGGACUUUUUUGAAUUUGAAUUAUGUUCUCGCGAAUUUUUCAUCCCUGAAGCUUGGCCACAAUAAUACAAGAUUUAUCCUGAGGAAGGUAGUAACUUUGAAUUUGGGAGAAAGGGGCAGCGGCCUAAAAAUGGUCUGCAUGCUUGGGAGAAGCUCAAGGGAACAUUGAAGAAUUCCUCCAGUGAUUCACUUUUCCAGCUCUACUCGCAUCGAUCCAACGAACAGGAGCCGUCGACGGUGAUGGAAGAGAAUCUGAUGCUUUGUCUGGUCCGACCGGCGCCUUCAAAUAUCGACCGGGUCGGCUGCUUCGAACUCGUCACGCCGACUAGGUACGGAGAAAAAUCGAAUAAUUAAUGUUUCAACAUUUUUAUCCGGCGUUCUAAAAUGAUUACUUUUCUGAUUUUCGUCUAAUUUCCUGACUAGGAAACGUUUUUUUAGGACUUUUUAAUGCCGGAUCAAGAAAAUAUUUCUCGCAAUAGAUUUUUUUCUUUCGAGUUUAGACGCUUCAAAAAAGCUUGAAGUAGCACUUUUUUUCAUAAUUCGCGUUUUUUUUUCAAACUUUGAAGCUUCAUAAAUCGGAAACAAGUUCUAUUGCGAGAAAAAAUAGCGUUCCCUAGUGAGCAGAAUGAAGAUAAGCGCCGAAAAAAAAAACCCAGAAGGAAUUUUAUAAUGCCGUGUUCAAAGUGAUUCCGCGAAAUUCAAAAUAGCCGUCAGAGAAAGAGAAAGAUAACUGAAUUUUGGAGGGUCAGAGACCAUUUCGCAUUUCGCGGAAAUUACUUUGAACACGGCAUAAGAUUCAAAGACUAAAAAUCUUUCAUUUUUCACUUAUUAUUCUGUUGUAUCAAAUGACAAAAAUCUUAUUUUGAACGAUUUUAUUGGAGAUGCCAUCUGCUGCAAGCUGACUCCGAAUCCCUUUGUAACGAUUGGAUGCGAGCUUUGCAAAGGACCAUCUUGGCCCUUCAUGAAAACGACAAUUUGGUGGGUUCUCUUUGCCGUAGAAGGUGUAAUGGUUCAAAAAACUGAAUUUAUGAGCUCGAGAAAAAAAUCUCAAGUCUUUCUAGCUUGAACUGUACUCUCUGUUCUCUCACCUGGUCAGAGUAUCAUGAAAUAAACACUCAAAGUGGUGAUAGUCACGGAGAGAUGGAGAGAAAUCCCUUUCAUGUCGAAUAUAAUCUUAGGAAUAUGGUCCCUACAGGGGCAACUUCAUGGGCGUCUCUCUAGGGGACCACGAAAACUCGCAAAAGUGGCCCCUAUAGGGGUGAAUUCUCGUCGUUUACUUCUAUGAGUGUUUCCAUGCGAAAAAAUUCAAUAGUUUAGCGCUUUUUGAAUGAAAAAUAUCAACAGAUGUUUAAUCGUCAAGUUUUGUUGAAUUUUCAAUUCUGAACGAAAAUAGGAAGAUCCCUAUAAGGGCCACUUUAGGGGUCAGAUAGGGACUAUCUAAAUUUUACACCUAUACGAAGCACUUUUUUUGUCUCCUAUAGGGGCUUUUUCACCAACCCCUAUAGGAACCACUCUGAUGUUGCUUAGUAUUCAAGAACUCUGGCAUAUUCAGAUAGGAAAAUCAUCAAUGAACUGUUUUCAGUCGACUCCCGGCACCACACGAAGCACGGCGGUCUCCAGCGCGACGGCGACGUCUUCUGACGCGACGACACGUCAUCACAAGUCCCUCAGCGUCUCUUCCGAAGCGAGCUCCUCGAAGACGAAUUCCCCGCCGACGGCGUCGACUUUUCGAGCAAAUCCGUAGAGUUCCCGGAAACGAAGUCUGCGCCGAUUGUCAGUCGCCGGCGCCCAAAUGGGUCAGCAUCAACCUGGGGGUCCGUUUUUUUCGACUUUUUUGAGGAAAUAAGAGAUUUUCAAGCCUUUUUUGAGGGAUAAAUUUUUGAUGAAAAGUUCAAAAUAUUGAUUUUUGAUGGAACCAUGAGCAUAAAGAAACAUUAGCAACUCCAUAAAAUGAUAGUUAUGUAAGAUUUUUGAAUGAAUUUAGGCUAUUAGGUGUAUUUUUCGAAUAUUUUUAAGCCCUUGAUAGUUUAAAUAAAUGAAAAAGUGAGUUUUUCGAGCUUUAGGUAGUGCUAUGCAUCGAAUGCUCGGGAGUUCAUCGAAGUUUGGGCGUCCAAAUGUCGAAAGUUCGGUCUCUUACCAUGGAUUCGAUCGAUAAUGAGCUGAGGGAUGUUCUGUUGGCCCUGGGGAAAUCGACAGGUUUUUUUUUAAAAUUUUUUUUUUCGAAAAAAAUCUCAAAAAUAGUCUUUUGAGGCUCGGUAUCAUUGGAUUUUAGCUCCUUUUAGGAGGAAAUUUUUUUAAUCAUUUUUUUGAAAGUUAUACUUUUUUUAUCUUAUUUUUCAAAACACCUGAGAAUUAAGUUGAAUGAUAAAUCUUCAGGUAAAUGCGAUUUAUUUGGCCUAUCUGCCGGAAAAAGAACGUCCUGCCGCCGCCAGCCGUUGAAUCGUCCAGUCGACCGGUUUGCUAAUUUUUCGGCUUUUUCUUUUGAAACGGGAAAAAAAGGGAUGAUUUUUGGGAAUUUUUUUGGUUCUGUGAAGCUCAAUGGAAAAAAACUCAUUGAAAUAAUUUUUUUAAGAACAGAAAAAUAUUGAUGAUAAAUGUAGUUUUGAAGGCGAGAAAUCAUUCGAAGAAAAUUGAAGAACAGGAAAAAAAUUAAUCGAAAAAGGUCACUUUGAAGGCUAAAAAAAUAAUUUUAAUAAUUUUAAGAUACUAAUAGUAAUGAAAAUAUCGCUGUAAUGGUGCAGAAUCGUUGGUAAAAAAAAGUUGAGAAACCGAAAAUUUAAACGAAAUUGAAAGAGCUCUAAAAAAUCGUUUCAAAAAAGAAUUUCUUUUUUGGCGUGUUCAUCGGACAAAACGAAAAUUGCUUCGAAACGCAAAAAAUUGCUCCAAAAAAAAAAAUUAGUACUGUUUUGGAGCAAUUUUGGCGCACCGAUGAACACAAUUUUUCGUUUCGAAGCAUGUUCCGUUUCUCCAAUGAACAUGCCAUUUUCUUUUUUUACGCUGUCUAUUUUGCGCUCUAUCGCGAAUUAAGAUGAGCUCAUUUUUCACGUUUUUAAUUUUUCGCCCAAUGAAGUGUUUUUUUUUAAAGAUCAUUAUCUAACCAAUACAUCAUAAAAGAAUCGAAUAUUUCUCUGUUCAACGUUCAUUCUAAAACCCAAAGCUUACAAUGAUGCUGAAUGAAUCUUAAUAAAUGCAAAAACUUUUUGGUAGGCCAUAGACAGAACUUUUUAAAAGAAAUUUUCUCAUCUAAAAGUGGUGUUGAAGGUCCGAGAAGCUUGGAUCAAGGCCAAAUACGUCGAACGACGAUUCGCGAUAACUGACGAUGAAAGGGCGCGAAAUUGUGCGGCUUCCAGGCAGGAACAUCUCUUGGUUCGGCACAAAAACAGCAUUGGUAGGGGUUUUUUCAUGUAGUUUUUUCAUUUUUCGAGUUUUAGUUCUUUCAACUGGAUAAUUUCAAUUUUGAAGUUGACUUUUUAUAAAGGAUAAAGAUCAAUUUUGUCAUAAAUCUGUAAAGAUCCAAGUUUAUUUACCCUUUUUCGAAGUUCAAAUAUUUCCUCUGGGUGAAGAUAGAAUUGCUUUUGCAAUCUGUAGAGAUUCAAAUUUUUUUUAAUUUCAUUCUCGAAGAUUGAUUAUUCCACUUGGAAAAGCUGAAAUUUCUUUCGUUCUGUGAUAAAUUAAAUCUAUUAUCGCAUUUUUUAACAGUUCUAUUUGAUAAAGCUCGAUUUUAUCUGCAAUCUGUAAAUAUUCAAGUUUGCUUUUUUUCAUUCUCGAAGAUUGAUUGCUUCACAUGGAUGAGCUCAAAUUUAUCUUAAAUCUGUUAAAAAAAUGAAGUUUAUCAUCCUAUUUUCGAGCUUCAACUCUUCGAUUUUCGAUAUAAAUCAAGUUUUGUCUGCAAUCUAAGGAGAUCUCAAACUGUUAUCCUAUUUUUGGAAAAAUUAUUUGAUUAAUUUGCAUAAGUUAAAGCUUUUUCUUAAAUUUGAGAAAAAAUUGAGUUUAUCAUCCUAUUUUUCGAGCUUCAACUCUUCAAUUUUAAAUAAAGCUCAGUUUUAUCUGCGAUCUGUAAAGGUCCAGGACCGUUUCUUUCAUUUUCCGAAAUUUUUCCUUUUUUUCUCAUUUGAAUCAAGCUCAGAUCGCUCUGAAAUUUUUUUGAAAAAAAUGGACAGUAUUUUUAUUUUUUUUUGUAGUUCAAUUUGGAUAAAGAUACAAUUUUUUUCUGCAAUCUAUGAAGAUUUAAAUCGAUUAUCCCAAUCUAAUGAGGGAAAAUUCAGAUUUUCAUUUGAUUUUCAGGUUUUGUGAAUCGUUCCGCUUCGUAUGCCGACGUCCAGGAAGCUGAAAGUGCCGAAAAUCGUCUUUUACCUGACCCCUGGAGUGGUUGGUUUUUCAUUGAAAAAGCUUAUUUUAUGAGUUUAUUUUCAGCCGAUUUAUCAGUUCCCCUGCCGACGAAACGGCUCUCUGCGUGUGGAUCCGAAACGGCGCUGGAUUCGGUUUUGAACAGUGAUUUUUCAGGUGGGAACUGAGGGAGACCCCUGAAAAAAACCUGCUCAGAGUAGAAAAAGCGCUAAAAAUUUGUAUGAGUGAGAAACUUUUACGACGAUAAUGACCUUCGAUCUAGUCAAAUUCAUGAAAACUUAACAAAUUUCGAUAAAAAAAUUCACAAAAAUGCUGCCACAACACACCAAUAUUUUUUUAUUUUAAAAAAAGCAGGUAAAAAAAGUGAUUUGGUUGCAGUUGUAUCAAACACGGCCCCCGACUGGAAAAGUAUGCGAGAGGCGGCCGAAUCUGGCGACCUUCUGGCCUUGUUGAAAGGCUACGCUCAGAGAUUCGAGCUGAAUUCAAUGCAUUCUGGCACGACGGCCUUGCAUAUCGCUACUCGCAAUGUUCGUAAUCAAUUUUUCAAGCAAAAAAAGUUUCCUGUACCUUAA